AUGAGCAAGCCCUGUUCGCAGCUAAACAGCAAAGUUAUAAGAGAUAAAGUGGAGUGUCACAUAGUAGCAGCAAUUGAGAAAACGUGUUCUGUUGUGGCAUUUAAGUGUGUUUGGAGAGUAAGCGAUGAAGAAAUUCAACAAGCCUGGAAUUGGAUCUGCGAAAAGCGAGAUGAAUGUGAUUUGGAAUUGUCGAAACUGAGCGAGGUUUGCUUUUUCUUUUCGGCAAUAAGCACCUCAAAGCUUGACAGCAAAAAGAAAAAAUCAACAACAUCAGAUGAAGGACGAGAAAUCGACGAGUCUAACGAAGAAUCUGCCAUAAACCCCUCUCAAAUUUCAACGCCUGGAAAGCAAGUUUUCCCAGCAAUUUCGUAUUGGGUGGCUUGCCAAACUCAAAAUGGUUCAGCCGUUAAUCCCAUGAAAAUUCAACGUGCUCAUUCUCACGACUUAAACCAACUCUGCCAAGUUUUAAAAGAUCACAAGAAUCCUUGCCUGAUGAAUUUUGUGGAGGCUUCUUAUCAGCAUUGUCUCAGGUUAGUAUACUCAAUGCAAAACUGUUAUAGUAAAGGCUAUAGUUGACCAAAGAAAUCAACACCUAGAAGUCCACCCUUAUUGUUGCCAUCUUCUCCUUGUCAAGCAAUAUCUCUAAUUAACUGUCUUGACUCAAAUAACUAACAAUAUCCAAGGGUGCAAGUGGCUAAUUAAGUGCGAUUUAGACCAUCUGGGAAUUUCAACACGAAAAAGAGCGUUAAUUCAAACUUUGAUGCACUACUCAAAAAUUUAUUCUGAGAUAGUAAACUUGUCUGUUUUUUAUUCUUUAUUGACAGCGCCCUUCAAGACGAAAUAGAUAUUAGUGAUGAAGAACAGUCUCAAGAAAUGUUGUCGACAGAAAAUGUGGUUCGUGUGCGAGUGCUUAGGGAAGAAUUCAAACCGAUGAUGACUACAUCUAUCCGAGAAUUGCGCCGCGCUGGUUUGAAAAUCGAUUGUUUUGGUCUCCAUGAAAACGAAAGCAGCACCCCGGGCGUAGAAAUACCGUGUACACCACAUAAGCCAUUGUCUUGCCCACUAACAGUUCUUUGUAACGACAUCCAUGCCGCAAUGAAAAAGCUUCAGUUUAGUGUCUACCGGGGAGAUGUGUACAAGAAAGUUGCAGAAUCACAGUUUACUUUCAAGUUCCUUUGCUCCAUGAAGUCAUUUCUGUUAAAUCUUAUGGGGAACGAGUGCUUCAAAGACAGGCUUGUCCAACAUUUUCAACGAGUUCUACCACUUCUGAGUGAGCCAGAAAGUUCCCUGAUUGGCCAACUUAACAUAGAUCGAAACUUGGUUGAAGUGCAGAAUGGCUGGUUUUGGUCUUUCUCUGAAGGAGCUUUUGUACAAGGAGUGAUCCCAGAAUCAGAGGUGAGA